CACUGCAGCGUUGCUUCCUAUUUCAUUCUGGAUAUCACCUCUGAAAGGACGGCAGUAGAAGGUGUCCUCCAGGAGCCUGCAUUUCAUCGCUUGAGGAUUUCUGUUCCAGAUUACGAAUUAGUUUUGAAAGUAUCACUUGUCUGUUUUUGGAUUGCUCCAUAAAGCUGUGCUGGAUUUACCGGUUCAGGAUGCACAUAGUGAUAUAGAUGACUCAGUUUAUGUUCUUCUAGCAGUAUUGAUUUAUCUGUCGGUCAUCCUUAUCUCGCUACACCUGUCGCAAAUUUUGUGCACCGGCGUCGAUCAGGGCUACUUGGUUAACCGGCGGUCAGCUCUCCCCAGCGUGCCGCUGGCAGCACAGAGGUCAUAGAGGGCCGAGGCGGGCCCGGGCGGCCCCCCGCUCCCCAUGUGUGCGAGGGGGAGCCGCAGAGCCGCUGGGCCUGGGAGAGAGAACCAGGCGGAGGAGCAGGAGGAAGAGGCGAGCGUAUGGAGAGCAGUGGAUGCAGCCCCUUCCCCCUGUGCUGGGCUCGCAGAGCCUGCGUCUACUCCUACACAUCUCCUCUGCCAAAAUAUGACAGACACCUAGCAUCUCCCAACGGCAUGGCAACAGGAUACCCGGACCCUAAUGUAAAUAACCAUGGCCUAAAUCAGGGGGUGAAAGCACGCUUCAGUGGAGGCAUGGAGCGGCCGGCCGGGAUGCUGGAGCGUGUGCUCAAAGUCUUCCACUAUUUUGAGAACAGCAGUGAACCUUCGACAUGGGCCAGCAACAUCAGGCACGGAGAUUCCACUGACGUCAAGGGGAUCAUCCAGAAAAUUGUUGACAUCCACAAGGUGAGGUGUGUCGCGUGUUUUGGCAUGCGGCUCAGCCACCUGAAGACAGGCGAGAUUCACUGGCUCCAUCCAGACAUGGGUGUCUCACACGUGAGGGAACGAUAUGAGCGCCGCCACCCACAGGACGAGUGGAGGUAUGAGCUUCGUAUACGCUACCUGCCAAAAUCAUUUCUAAACCAGUUUACUGAAGACCAGCCAGCACUAAACUACUUUUACCAUCAGGUGAGAAGCGAUUAUAUGAUGGAAGUAGCUGAUCAAGUCGAUCAGGACAUUGCACUUAAACUAGGCUGCCUUGAAAUCAGGAGGUUUUUCAGAGAGAUGCCAGGAAAUGCCCUUGAUAAAAAAUCCAACUAUGAAUUACUCGAAAAAGAUGUUGGUCUGAGGAGAUUUUUUCCCAAAAGUUUGUUGGACUCAGUCAAGCCCAAAUCAUUACGGAAGUCGAUCCAGCAGACCUUCAAGUUGUUCGCCAACUAUAAUGAUGAGCAGAGCAUCCUCAAGUUCUUUGAAAUCCUGUCACCAAUUCACAGAUUUGAUAAAGAAUGCUUUAAAUGUGCUCUUGGGACUAGCUGGGUGAUAGCAGUAGAGCUAGCUAUCGGCCCCGAGGAAGGAAUCAGCUACCUCACUGACAAAGGCUCAGCCCCCACACACCUGGCCAACUUCACACAGGUGAAGAGCAUUCAAUUCGAGGAACAGGAGAAGAAGGGCAUUCUGCAGUUGGACGUAGCCGGUGCAGCAGAGCCUCUAAAGGUGACGACACCAUGUGUGAGCACCGCGGAAAACAUGGCCGACCUCAUCGACGGGUAUUGCCGCCUCGUCAACAAAACCUCCUUAUCCCUCAUCGUCCGUGUGCAUAAAGAGGGAGAAAGAGCUUUGCCUUCAAUCCCAAAGGCUCCAAAAUCCUCGAACCAUGACAAACGACUACAGAGCGUCAGGGCCAAGGCCGUUUUUGUCUCAGAUGAGAUUAGCGGAGACGAAUUAGCUCCCGCAUUCAAGUUCAUCCUGCCUUCUCUCUCCUCUCGCACAGAGACAGACGACUAUGCCGAGAUCAUAGACGAAGAGGAAACGUACACCAUGCCCUCCAAAUACUGUGGACUAGAUGAAGCCAGGGAUUAUGAGAUCCAGAGGGAGAGGAUUGAGCUGGGCCGCUGUAUAGGAGAAGGCCAGUUUGGAGAUGUCCACCAGGGAGUCUACAUUUGUCCGGACAUUCCUCCUCUCUCAGUGGCCAUAAAGACCUGCAAAAACUGCACAUCAGACAGCGUCCGAGAGAAAUUUCUCCAGGAGGCCUUAACAAUGCGCCAGUUUGACCAUCCUCACAUAGUGAAAUUGGUCGGCGUCAUCACGGAAAAUCCGGUGUGGAUCAUUAUGGAGCUCUGCACAUUGGGAGAGUUGCGCUCGUUCCUGCAAGUGCGGAAGUACAGCUUGGACUUGGCGUCACUGAUCCUGUAUUCCUACCAGCUCAGCACCGCACUCGCCUACCUGGAGAGCAAACGCUUCGUGCACAGGGACAUAGCCGCUAGGAACGUUCUGGUGUCGUCUGUAGACUGCGUGAAACUGGGAGACUUUGGUUUAUCCAGAUACAUGGAGGACAGCUCUUAUUAUAAAGCCUCUAAAGGUAAACUCCCGAUUAAAUGGAUGGCUCCAGAAUCUAUUAACUUCAGACGCUUUACAUCAUCGAGUGACGUGUGGAUGUUUGGCGUGUGCAUGUGGGAGAUAUUGAUGUACGGAGUGAAGCCCUUUCAAGGUGUGAAAAACAACGAUGUGAUUGGCCGUAUCGAGAACGGCGAGAGACUGGCCAUGCCCCACAACUGCCCCCCCACCCUGUACAGUCUGAUGACCAAGUGCUGGUCUUACGACCCGAGCAAACGCCCUCGCUUCAAUGAGCUCAAAGCACAGCUGAGCACCAUCCUCGCGGAGGAGAAGACUCAGCAGGAGGAGCGCAGCCGGAUGGAGAUGAGGAGGCAGGUGAACGUGUCCUGGGAUUCCGGGGGUUCAGACGAGGCACCCCCCAAAGGGUGUCUACGUGACUCUCUUUAUGAGAGGCUGUACAAGCCCAGCAGACCUGGUUAUCCAAGUCCACGCUCCAGUGAAGGUUUCUACCCCAGUCCUCAACAUAUAGGCCAGCACAAUCACUUUCAGAUGGGAGGCUACCCAGGACCUCACACCAUGCCCUCCAUGCCCAGUGGGCUGUAUCCUCCACAGGCCUCAGGCAUGGGCCUCGACCUCCACGACAGCUGGAAUCAUCACCGAGCUGCUCAGGAUCACGCCAUGUGGAACCCCAGCAUAGAGGAUGGCGGUGUUCUGAGGGCCGUCACGGGUCAGUCUCUCCCUCCUCACCUGAUGGAGGAGCAGCUGAUGUUGCAGCAGCAGCAGAUGGAGGAGGACCAGCGUUGGCUAGAGCAAGAGGAGCGGUUAAUGAAACCAGACUCUAGGAAUUCCAGAGGCAGUAUAGACAGAGAAGACUGCAGUCUCCAGGGACCAGUGCAGACAGGAAACCAGCACAUCUACCAGCCAGUGGGGAAAGCAGAUCAUGCUGUUCCUCCUAAGAAGCCUCCUCGUCCUGGAGCCCCGGGUCAUGCAGGCAGCGCAGCCGGCCUUAACACUGCAGAUAGCUAUAACGACGGCGUCAAGCCCUGGAGGAUUCAGCCUCAAGAGAUUAGCCCUCCCCCCACAGCUAAUCUGGACCGUUCAAAUGAUAAAGUCUACGAGAAUGUGACUGCGCUGGUAAAGGCUGUGAUCGAGAUGUCGAGUAAAAUCCAGCCUGCUCCUCCAGAGGAAUAUGUGCCAAUGGUGAAGGAAGUAGGUUUAGCACUGAGGAAUCUUCUAGCCACAGUGGAUGAGACGAUUCCGUUGCUGCCGGCUCACACACACCGAGAGGUCGAGAUGGCUCAGAAGCUGCUGAACUCUGACCUGGCGGAGCUGAUCAAUAAGAUGAAGCUCGCACAGCAGUACGUGAUGACGAGCCUGCAGCAGGACUACAAGAAGCAGAUGUUGACGGCUGCCCACGCGCUCGCCGUCGAUGCCAAGAACCUGCUGGAUGUGAUCGAUCAGGCCAGGCUGAAGAUGCUGGGCCAGGCAAGGCCGCUCUAGAGACGUUUGAGCCUCACUACUCACCAGCACAGAACUACUAAACUAGCACACAGACAUGAUGCUCAGAACACGCUACGUUCUCACUCCAACCUGCCUGCCGGGAGCACAGCAGGGGUUUUUGAAGGAGUAAAACAAAGUGUGAUCUGCAUUGGGACUGCUGUAUUAUUACUAACAUAUUAGGAGAAGAUCCGGAUUAACGACGAGCCACUGGAACGGAAACGCUGUGUCAUUGUAUAGGUCUCUGGAGAAACAGAAGACGUCCUCACACUGUAUUUACCAGUUCUGUGUCUCAUUGGUGAGCCUCUGCUCCACAGCUACACUUAACAGAAUGGAGAACCAGCUCGACGGGGCCUCUGUGAACACUCACCAGUGUUUGAUAAACUGUAAAGGUCUAAUCCGGCGUGUUUUGUCUGGAUGUGGAGCAAAGGCCAUAUGUGCCUCUCCACAACACUGAAGGAGAGGGUUGUAUAUUUUGGCCAUGUGCCAUCUAGGAUUAAAAUAAAGCUAUGUCUGAAACUAAA